UAUGACCAGGCAGCAGGAGCAGGUGGUUCCUGGUCACAUGAUGUUGUUAGCCGAGGCUGAGGAGCAGCAUCAUCUGAGGUGAAUCCCAGCCCAUAUCUCUCCCUGCGUUGAAAGGCACCUGCAACUGAAACGUCAUCAACCAUGUCAUACGGGUCUAUUGACGGAGGCUCCUUUGGCAGUCACAACCCAUUUGGAGGACCCACUAGACAGGGCUAUCAGCUAGUAGCCACACAGGUCAGCCCCGCAGAACUGCAAGAUGUGUUUCAGGAGACCUCCUCCAAUAUCUUCCAGAUAAAAGCCAACGUUGUCACAUUAGAGAAGAAUCUUCAAGCCCUGGGAACAUCGAGAGAUACAGCAGAGCUACGACAGAGCCUACACUCCACGCAGCAGCAAACCAACAAAGUCAUCACCACCACAAGCCAACUCAUCAAACAACUUUCAGAUAUAAUCAGUGGCUCUUCACGGCAAGACCGACUGCGCCUGACACGACUAAAAACUGAACUCUCAGAGUCUGUGCAGAGCUAUGGGGAUCUGCAGAAGAAAAUUGCAGAACGCUCAAGGGCCUUGCUCCCUCCAACACAGAAAGACAAGAAGAAGGAUGUACAGACCCCAUCCAGUGAGCAGAUGGCAGAGGGUCCAGUGUUUGGAGAAGCAGUGGGCUCAGAGGGAGGCGCUCUGGCUUUUUUGUCGGAGAUAAGUGAGGAGGAUGUGGAGGUGCUUCAUCAAAGAGAGGAGGCUGUGCUUCAGAUUGAGAGGGACAUGCUGGACGUCACUCAAAUCAUGAAAGAUCUGGCCAGUAUGGUGCAUGAACAAGGAGACGCCAUUGACAGCAUUGAAGACUACAUCCAGACCGGGUCGUCCAAUGUGGAAUCAGCCAAUCAGGAACUUGCAAAGGCAAACCAUUACCAGAGGCAGUUGAGGAAGAGGAAGUGCUACCUCCUGCUGGCCGGAGCGAUUAUCCUCACCGUCCUUGUCAUCAUCAUCGCUGUUUCAACAAGAAAAUAAGACUGGCCACUUUGGUAGCGGCUUUCAUUACAGUGUCACCUCAGUGCUCCUGCCCAGCCUGAUCCCUGACCUGAGCAGCUGGUUUCCAGUAAGAGGGAGCUGCCCUGCAACAACAUCGCUCCUCCAUCAUAUCUGGCUCUGUCUACAUAUGCUUUAGUCUGGGGAUGGAUGGCUCUUUAAGUGUAUCAAUUUGUCAAUGGGAAGGCCCAGUCUGAGACUCACAUGUAAUCAUUCAUAUUUUUUAUGCCAUUUCUGUGACUUGAAUGUUAUCGUCAAUUCUGAAGUCACACAUUUAGUCAUUACACCAGGGGCACAGGCUCGGGUGCUUUCUGUCUUGGAUGUGAUGGGUUACUGUUGUAUAUCACACACAGGCAGCCGCGAACUAUGCCCUUUUUUCAGAAAACUGGAUGAAGAUGGAGCAGAAGCUUCAGGGUGAGACACAGCAGCUUGAGCGUUCUUCACUGCUGUAUCGUAUGCUCUAUUUCCUUUAUGUAUUUUUAAUGACGUGAACUACAUUUUUAUUAGCUUGUAAUGUAAUUUAUUUAGUAUUAUGUUGUACAAUUUCUUAAUAGUUGUGAAUAUUAUUUGACCAAAUAUAUCCACUACAAUAAAAGUAAUAAAGUCUAUGUGAAAGAGGAACCGAAGAUCUGGCUGCAUCUGUGAUAGAAGAAAGCAAAACAUACAUUUUUCAGUAUGCAAAGCAGUUGGUACAUCAUUUCUGAUAAGUCCAGUUUGAUUUGAGACAUAACCCUUGCAAUUCAUGUGCUAUGCCAGUAAGUACCUUAUGUUAACAGUGUACUACAUGUAAGUAUUUGAACUGAGAAAAAGACAUUGCCUAGGGAGUAGUAUGGGUCUGUUGGAUGGGUCAAAUAAAACAAUGUACUUUAACAAAGGAGACCACUGUGUGUUUCAUUUUCAAACCAACAGUCAACAAUGUUUAACCACAACUUCAGGAAAUGGUCAUAUGGGUCAUAUCCAUGGAAAGGGGUGGGGGUUUUAAAGCAAAGCAAAAAAAUGCUCAUGUAGUCAUUUAUUACAUGUACAUACAGGUACACUUACAUCAUAAUGGCAUAGAGAUUAAACAUAAUUGCAUUUGUUUAUCAACUAAUAAUAAUUGACAAUAGUUGGUUGAACUGAGUUUAUACAAUGCUGAUUUACCUUCAACAAAUUACUUUCAAAGGGAAUUACAGUCUGUAAAAUGUG